AUGAUUAAAAAAUUUGAAAUUGGAGCGCCAAAUCCAAAAUUUGAUUCUUCACCAUCAUUAUUAGGCACACCACCAAUCAUCGGUGAUGGUAUUUAUGAUAUUUAUUCAAAUCCACCAUUUGAAAACAAAUAUAAUAAUGGUAAUGGUGCCAUUGGUGGAGGUAAUAAUAACAUGUACAGAGGUUUCAAUAAUAUGGGUGGUAGUAUGAUGAACAAUGGUAUGGGUAGUGGUAUGAUGAACAAUGGAAUGACUAAUAAUGGUAUGAAUCAAAAUAUGGGUAAUAAAAAGUUCCAAAGUGUUGGUCCAAAUGGUUCAAAUCUUUUUGUCUAUAAUAUUCCAAAUUAUUUCACUGAUCAAGAACUUUCAACUUUAUUCCAACAAUACGGUAAUGUUGUAAGUGCUAAGGUCUAUUUAGAUAAAAACACUGGUGUUAGUAAAGGUUUUGGCUUUAUUAGCUAUGAUAAUCCAACUUCAGCUAGCUUGGCCAUUUCAAAUCUUAAUGGUUCAAUGAUGGUUGGUAAAAAACUUAAAGUCUCUCUUAAACAAGCAGGACAUGGCUCUCAACCAUAUUAAUAUUAAUAUGAUUAAAAAAAAAAAAAAAAAAAAAAAAAAAAAAAAAAUAUUAAUAAAUAACAAUAAAAAGUAAUAG